UGAAAAUAACAGACCUAACCGGCCCGUCCUCCUUCACGUCACCUCCGACUUCUCAUUCAAAGGGGUACUUGGGGCGGCAGGUGGAGUUAUAAUUAUAGAUGAGAAAAAAGCCACCUCAGCAGCUGCUGCUUCUGUUUGUUCCCGGCUAUAACUGUCAUCAUUGGGCAAAUUGGCAUAAACAGGCCUCCACAAGUGGAAAAUCAUUUAACCCCUGAGCUUGUCUGGGUGCUCUCAGUGGCCAGAAAACAGAAAGAAAACCUGACUGUGCACGAGCAAAGGGUGAAACCGAGAGUGCCUCGCCGACCGGGAGGGCCCUGGUCCGGGGGCGCCUGAAGAUUUUCUUUCCUGUCGGAGACUCCAAAUCACAUAAAUAGGAAAAAACUAUCCAAGAUGACUGUCACUUACUCCAGUAAAGUAGCCAACGCGACUUUUUUUGGAUUUCAUAGGCUACUCCUCAAGUGGAGAGGCAGCAUCUACAAACUACUGUACAGGGAGUUUAUUGUUUUUGCUGUUUUUUACACAGCAAUAAGUUUGGUGUACAGAUUGUUACUUACAGGAGCCCAAAAACGUUACUUUGAAAAAUUAUCAAUUUACUGUGACAGAUAUGCUGAACAAAUUCCAGUAACCUUUGUGCUUGGGUUUUACGUUACUCUGGUAGUGAACCGAUGGUGGAACCAGUUUGUGAACCUGCCCUGGCCAGACAGGCUGAUGUUCCUCAUCUCCAGCAGCGUGCACGGGAGGGACGAGCGCGGGCGCCUGCUCCGGAGGACACUGAUGCGCUACGUCAACCUCACGUCCCUGCUCAUCUUCCGCUCGGUGAGCACCGCUGUGUACAAAAGGUUUCCAACGAUGGACCACGUGGUGGAAGCAGGUUUUAUGACAACAGAUGAAAGAAAAUUAUUUGACCACCUCAAGUCUCCUCAUUUGAAAUAUUGGGUUCCAUUCAUCUGGUUUGGAAAUCUGGCAGCGAAAGCCCGGAAGGAAGGUAGAAUCAGAGACAGUGUUGAUCUGCAAUCAUUGAUGACUGAAAUGAACCGAUACCGCUCUUGGUGCAGCCUCUUAUUCGGUUAUGACUGGGUUGGGAUCCCGCUGGUUUACACCCAGGUUGUCACUCUGGCUGUCUACACCUUCUUUUUUGCGUGCCUGAUUGGACGCCAGUUUUUGGAUCCCACCGAAGGCUACGCUGGGCAUGACUUAGAUCUUUACAUUCCAAUCUUUACUCUCCUACAAUUCUUCUUCUAUGCCGGAUGGCUCAAGGUGGCUGAGCAGCUCAUCAACCCUUUUGGAGAAGAUGAUGAUGAUUUUGAAACGAACUGGUGCAUUGACAGAAAUUUGCAGGUCUCUCUUUUAGCUGUGGAUGAAAUGCACAUGAGCUUACCCAAGAUGAAGAAAGACAUCUACUGGGACGAUUCUGCUGCUCGCCCCCCAUAUACACUGGCAGCUGCUGACUACUGCAUACCCUCAUUUCUGGGGUCAACAGUCCAAAUGGCGCUCUCUGGGUCCGACCUGCCGGGCGAGGAGUGGCUGGACUACGAGAAGCACGGCCAUCGCCACUCCAUGAUCAGGAGGGUCAAACGGUUCCUGAGCGCCCACGAGCACCCGGGCAGCAUGCGCGGCCGGCGCUAUGCCCGGCAGGCCAGCGAGAACUCCAGCCUGGGGGAGCUGUCCACCAUCAGGGAGACCAGCCGCACCAGCACCUUGCAGAGCCUGACCCCGCAGCCCAGCAUGAGGGCCUCCCCCGUCAAAAUGGUCAAAAUGCCGCAGGUCCCCGAGGUGCGGAUCACCGCCCCGGGGCCCGCGGCCGAGGACCUGGGGGACUCCACCGCCUCCAUCCAGAGCUUCGAGUUCACCGGGGUGCCGCCCAUGGGCCCCGGGCUGCCCGGGGACCCCCUGAGGCUGAUGGUGUUCCCCUCGGGGGAGGGGACGCCUCCCCGAGGCCCCAGUCCCCAGACUGUCUUAGCCCCAGCUGAGCAAGACCUGUUCCCGUUCGCCCCCGAGGAAGACCCUUUUGCGAACGACGCGUUCCCCAAAAGGUGGAGCCUCCCGGGGUUCCUGGAGUCCAGCCACACCUCCCUGGAGGGCCGAGGGCCGGAGCUCGCCAACCCCGAGCCGCCUCCGUUGCUCGACCCGGAAACGUCCUCCGAGACCAGUGGCAUCAACUUCGUGGCUGGCCCGCGAGCCUCCUCCGACCUGCUGUAUUUGAUGGAAACUCUGGACACCAAGGAAACGGACAUCGUAGAAUUUAACAACGAGCGCACGGACGGGUCGCCCGGAGGAAAGCCAGCGAGCGCCAGGACCUAGUGCUCGUCUCCAUCCUCCCCUUCCCUGAGGUUCAGCAUGAGUUGCAGGACAUGCCAAGGACUGGUCAGUUUCUAGACAGCAAUCACACUGUAUAAGCUAUUUAAAACUCUGAAGGGCAUUAUGAUCCGGACGUUUUCAACUAAGAAAAUCCAGCACAUCUGCAUCAUCCACCACCGCGGGGCUUCCACGGACGCUACCCUGACCGCAGUGAUGUAUCUUAACCAAAUAAGGAGCCUUGAAUACAUAUAUGACUUAUAAACCCAUAGAUUGUCAGCUUUGGGAAGCACCUUAGAGAUCAUAACACAACCCCCUGGCUUUGCCAAUAGGAAGACAAAGAACUCCCUAUUUGUUUCCUUUUCUUCUUCUUUUCUUCAAUUAUAAAGACAGGGAGAUGGCUCGUAAAAUGCCUCAAAAGCUGCCUUCUAAUGAUGAGCUUUUGUUUGAGGCUUUCCCACCAUUUCACUCCCACCUUCUAACCUAUUAUUAUCAUCGCUUCCAUGUUCUUAAGCUUCAGCUUCAUCUCCCAUUUCCUCUUCUCCUUUCACCGCUUCAUUUUUCUCUGUUCCCACUUUACUCUCCCAUCUUUCUCUAGUUCCCUCCUUCCUAGUCUUGCUCCUUCCCUAAUACUCCACUCUGUCCCACCUUGCAGGUUAUAGUAUUUGCACCUGCCAACUCGGUUGCUUACUUUUUGCCAUGAUUUUCCAAAUGUGAGGCACUGGCAACGCCUCCCACAGAAUAACCGAAGAUGUCAACAAAUCCACUUGACACACUUCCAGCCCCUCGGCGGAGAGGGUGGGAGUCCAUGGAAGCCCGCACCCUGGGCAGCCAUGGCCGUUUCUCUCCACCUCCACUCUGAGGCCUGGAACACUGGACAAAACUGAAGUCAAGAUGGGCAUGAGACUUAAAUAACCACAUGCUAUGGAACCAAAGAAUACCAAAGCUUGAACGUGUUUAACUCGAACUCUUAGAGCCAAAAUCCCAAACUUGUCACAGCGUGGGACCAGUUACUGUGUCUGCCAGGUUGUUUGGGAUGAGGUAGGAUGUUGGAGCUGGGAGGUUUAGGGGGUCCAGGACUGCACCAUGGGGAUGGGACUGGGACUCACUCACUCCAAGGAGCUCUUGGGGUGGCUGCCAGUGGGGGGCUCCCAAUUUUGUCUGGAAAGGCAUGUCUUAUGAGUGCUGCUCUCACUAUUUCUGUCAUGUGAUGAAGCUUGACUACAUAAGGUUUAAGAAAUAAAAUAACCCUAAUAGCCACCAUGUACUGAGUGCUCACAGUGUUCCAGGCAGCAGCACGGAAAGUUCACAGAUGACCUCACUAAUCCUCACAGGAAUCUUAUGAGCUGAUAUACUAUCGUCUCCAUUUUCAAGAUGAAGAUACCAGAGGCUUUGGAGAGGUAAAAUAAUUUGACUGAAACCACAUAGCCAGGGAGUGCAGGGCUCAGAUUCAAACCCAGGUUUUUGACUCAGGAGCCAUACUCUUAGCCGGUGAGCUCCCUCCCUGUGCUGUGCCAUCUGCAAGGCCCUGAAUCUGCCAGCAAUUUUGCCCAGAACGCCGGA